UUCUACAGGAGGAGGAGGAGGAGCGGAGUGUCUGAUGUGUAAGGAGAGAUGCACUGGAUACCAUCCACAUUCCUGGAGGAAGUUGUGUGUUGCCUGUGGAUGCAGUGCCAUAGACCACACCGUUGGCAGUGACAUGCAAGAUGACUGGCAAAUGGGACGCCUGCUGACCGAUUCGCCCUGUUGCCAUAUGACUGCCAAGGUGAAGGGCGGUGGCGGCCUCCGUCUGUACAAAAGGAACCGGAUGAUUGUGACCAAUUCGGUGCUUUCUGGUAAAGACCCGACCUUCAGCACCACCACGUAUGACUGGGCUCCACCCGGACUGACCCAGAACCUGGCCAUGCAGUACAUGGAUCUGCUUCCUGUGGACCGGCGUCCUGUGUCGGGGACAGAAGGGUCGCUGUAUCGACGCCGACAGAUCCAGAAACAGCUUCCCAUCUAUGAUCAGGACCCCAUGCAAUGCUGCAGCCUGAGCACAGAGGAGGAGAUCUCCUCCAUGCUCCUGUUUGUUAGGAGUUACAAGCAGGAGGUGCUCGGUUUGGGGGAGGUGGCCUUACCCGGAGAGGGAGGGGCUCUAAGGGAAGCAGCCAAUCAGAGAAGAGCAAAGGAAGCCAAGGACCAUGGCAGCAGUAAUAGCAAAGGUGGUAUGAAGCAUCAGGAUCUCAGCCCGGCCAAUGGCAGCACUGCUGCUUCUGCUGGUUCCACCAACGGGACACAGGACAGCACAAAGACUAAGGUUACAUAUCUAUGUACUGGUUGCCAUGGCGAGGUUGCUAUGGACACUCCUGUUGUAUAUGCUGAGCGAGCUGGUUACCAUAGCGCCAUGUGGCACCCCAGCUGCUUCCUGUGUUCAGAGUGCGGUCAGGGAUUGGUGGACUUGGUCUACUUCUGGUCCAAUCAGAAGCUGCUCUGUGGCCGACAUUACUGUCAGACAGUCUGGCCUCGCUGUGGAGGAUGUGAUGAACUGAUCUUCUGUCAGUCGUACCACACCGGGACAGACGGACAGAUGUGGCAUCACGACCACUACUGCUGCUGGCUGUGUGGACAGAGUCUGGACACACCCUGCGGCUGUCAGCGCUGA